AUGUCGGGCCGGAGAGCCGCGCAGAGGCUGUUGGUUCAUGCAGGGUCUUCUGUUGGCGCUGGGGCGUGGACAGCGCGCCCGUGUGGGGCCCUGGGACUGCGGGAUCCGUCGCGCGCGCUCCACACGACCCCUCCGCCCAAGGAACCGAGCGCAGCGAAGGCGGUGGUCAGCCGUCGAGCUCCCGUCGAGGGUCCGCUCAAGGUUCUCUUCUGCGGGCACGACAUGACCAAGGGGUACGAGUUCACCAAGGAGGAGCUCGAGGCCGCGGACCCCUCCGCCGUCGUCACGCGCUGCCAGCGCGGGGACGUGCUCGACCACGCACGCGACGCGCAUGUCCUGGUGCCCCUGAUGACGCGCAUCGAAGAGCACGUCAUCGCGUCGAGCCCGGACCUCCGCAUGAUCAUCCAGUACGGCGUCGGCAUCGAGGGCAUCCCGCACGCCGCGGCCACCGCCGCCGGCAUCGACAUUUCCAACAUUCCCUCUGAGGGCACCGGCAACGCGGCGUCCUCCGCGGAACACGCGAUCUACCUCGCGCUCUCGGUCCUGCGCGACCAGAGCGGCAUGGCCGGGAGCGUCGCGCAGCGGCAGCUCGGCACGCCGCUCGGCACGAUGAUGGCGGGGUUGACGGCGCUCGUGAUCGGAUUCGGGAACAUCGCCAAGGAGCUGAUCCCGCGGCUGAACGCGCUCGGGGUGGUCACGGACUGCGUGCGCGCGGGGCCGUGGCCCGCGGACGCAGCGGGCGCGUACGGCGCCUUCCAGGACGGGGGUUGGCCCGAGAAGGCCCUGGGCGAGAGUCACCGCGUGCAGCACCGCGGGUGCGAGAGCAACGCGCGGGAAGGGAACCUCGCGAGCGGGUACCGGUCGCCGUGGUCGGAGCGGGACGUGAUGUCGAUGGUGCGCCGCCGCGGGUGCGGGCGCGCGGGGCUACUGGACCUGGCGGGGUCCGCGGACGUGGUCUUCGUGGCGUGCCCGCAGACGCCGUACAACAAGGGGCUGAUAGGGCGCGAGUUUCUGACGUGCUGCCGCCCCGGCGUGCGCAUCGUGAACGUGUCGCGCGGCGGUUUGAUGGAUUACGACGCAUGCAAGGCGGAGCUGCAGUCGGGGCGGAUAGGCGGGAUGGGGUUGGACGUGCAAUGGCACGAGCCCUUCGACCCGUCAGACCCGCUGGCAACACACCCCAACGUGGUCCUGACGCCGCACGUCGCCGGCGUCACCGACGUGUCGUACCGCGCCAUGGCGCGCAUCCUCGCGGGCGAGGCGCUGCGCGUGAAGCAGGGCCUGCGACCAUCGCGCCUCGUGGAGGCCACGGGGAAGCCCAUCAGCGACGGAAUGUCGCUGACAGUGUGA